AUGGACAUAUUUCGGAAGCUCUUGCCUAUGCAAAAGGAGGCAGCCCAAGGUGCUGCUAACCACCAAAUUCGAAUUCCUCCGGGAAAAUGCGUCGCUUCAAAUUUCGCCUUUGCCAACACUCUCGGCACAGGCUCAUUCGGUCGGGUGUUCUUGGCAAGGAGGAAAGAUGAUCCUACUGCUCCUCCGGUUGCCGUCAAACGUCUGAAGAAGUCGUCUAUUAUCCGACAAAAACAAGUCGAUCAUAUUCUUUCUGAAAAAAGAAUACUGCAAUUGAUCAACCAUCCAUUCACCGUGAACAUGCUGGGCACAUUUAGAGACGACCAUUAUUUGUACAUCGUGAUGGAGUAUGUGAUCGGAGGAGAAUUCUUCACAGUGUUGCGCAAGAACCGCCGCUUUGAGAAUGGCGCCUCUCGCUUCUAUGCAGCACAGGUCACCUGCAUCUUUGAGUACUUGCACGGCCGCAACAUUAUAUACAGGGACCUCAAACCGGAGAACUUGUUGGUGGACUCGGAGGGGUACCUCAAGCUAACAGACUUCGGGUUUGCAAAGGUUGUUGAAACCCGCACGUACACCUUAUGCGGCACUCCGGAGUACAUCGCUCCUGAAGUGCUGUUGAAUAAAGGCCACGGGAAACCCGUUGAUUGGUGGACAAUGGGGAUUUUAAUUUACGAAAUGAUAGUCGGUUAUCCCCCCUUCUUUGAUGAUGAACCCAUGGGGGUAUACCAAAAGAUUUUGGGGGGACGCAUCGUCUUUCCAAAGUCGUUCGACCGGAAUGCAAAGCUGCUUGUGAAGCGUCUCCUCACUCCAGAUCUGACGAAGCGAUACGGUAACCUAAAGAAUGGUGUUGCAGACAUCAAAGAGCACAAGUGGUUUGCUGGGUUUGAUUGGAACGCUCUGCUGAAGAAGAGUCUGCCCCCGCCUUACAAACCCGUUUUCAAGAGGACAUUGAUAAUGUUUGCGUUGAAUGAAACGACGAGCGGGCCUGCAAAUUCAUGGCUGAACAAGCAUUCAGAUGGGCACGAGCAUCACCAUCCUUGGGCCACUGAAGUUUGUUCUGGCCAACAAAUAUGUUUCGACUGCGCCGCUGAGAUCCUUGAGAGGCAGCUGCCCCCAACUAGGAAAUUCGGUUUCGUAAAGGAGGUACAGGGCUCCGUGCAGCAGCUGCCUCAGCACACUGCUGGCCGUGUUGCUCAUUACCUUCUGCACUCCACGACUUUUGUCGAAUCUGUCGACCCAGAGCUCUGGGGGAGUCUAUCUGCUGCUCUGCGUGUGGCCGUUAAGGCCGCAGCCCCUGAUGAGGUGGAGAUUACCCUCUGUUGCUUCUCUACAUUGCUGCAGACACCUGGAGGGGGCGCGGAGGUGCAGCAGCUCGCGUUGCAGCUGCUUCAGCAGCUGUUCUCCUCUCUGCCGGAAACAUGCAAAGUCAUCUUCGUUGAGGAGAUAUGUAUCGUAGACUGGCUACUGGAAACAGCGAGGAACGGGAAAUCUGUUGCUCAGGAUGCUGUGCAGUGUCUGCAGCAAAACAUCUUCGCCUCUCCGGCUUUCCUCCCUCACCACCUCGACACAAAUGGGUUGGUGGAGGGGAAGCGCCGAGCAGUUCAACUAAAUGCGACUGCGGAUGCAGAUUGGGGCGUCGGCAUUCUUUCGUUGGCUGCGCAGCUGUUUGAGAGUAAGAUAAUGGUAUUACAAAGUGAAAUGAUAAAUGAAGGAGCUGUAAUAAACCGCAUGUUGUUCGCAGUACACAGCAAAGCAACAGCAAGGAAUUCGCGAAAGGGGAAUCUGCGUUCAAAUGUUUGGCUGCACAUAGAUCCAUGCUUAACACGAUUUAGAGAAAGUGUAUUGCAGUAUUUUGCAACUGUCUGGGACUCCCUCGUCUUCGCUGAAUGGAGGAGUUGGAGCACCAGCGUCUUCGCAAGGCAUCUUCGAGAGGCACUGCAAGGUUUGUUUGGAGCUGCAAAUGAGUGGAUGGGCAGCGGCCAAGAGUUGCAGGGUGUUGGGGUUCGCUUGUCUCAAUUUGUGCACUACGACAUUCUUCUCUGCUCUGAGGGUUUGCUGCCGCUGCUUGCAGACGGAUUGGGCUGCUUUCCGCCGGAAAGUGUAUCAUGGAUCGUCUCUCAAGCGCUGAAGAGGCAUUCUUUGCAUGCACCCGUAUUCGGCAGACUUGAGGCCCUGCUGCAGAUUAUUGACCGCUGUGUAGCAGCAGAAGUAGAAUGGACUGAAUCUGGCGGCUCAGCCGCAUUAACUGCCAACGUCGCCUUGGCAAUACAGGGCAGCCCAUCUCUUAUACCAGAUUUCCUGGCCGUCGUGCUCCAGUGUUUGUUCGUUUGCUGCCAUGGGGCUCAUGAAAGAGUCCUCAAGCGCAGCAUCGGAGACUUGGCAGAGGCCCAAGAAAAGGCAGAGGAAGCGGCGACACUGGCGCUAGUUGUCUUAACAGUGCUGUUGGUGCAACCGUUGCUAGGAAACCACUCUGAUGAGGACGUUGCCGAGGUGACUUCCCUGUGCAUCAACGCCGCAGCAGAGCUUGCCCAAGCCGGGCCGAUUUGGUUUUCUAGCAACUCUCUCUGCACAGCAGAGAUGAAGCAGGCAACACAAGACAUAGCCAAGAAUCCAGCAAACGCCGCCUCCACGCAGGCCGGUGCCAGGUUGCUUCUCCACACUCUGCACGGCCAGGGCGAAAUUGACAUCGCUGUUGCAGCAGCUGUUGGUAGUUCUGAUGUAUCGACAGCUGGGUACGAGAGGAGGAGUGAAGGGGAAAAUUGCAGAGCUGGCGCUGUAGCGGUUUCCUCAUCCUUCUCUCGAUUUUGUCCUGAUAUUAGUUCAGAACAGGGAAAAGGGACGUCCGCAAUACACGCCACCUUGGAAAUCCUUCUGAGCCGAAUUCUUCCUGCAGCUGGCGCUGUAGGGAAAGCUACAGCCACCAUCAGCGCAUUCGCGUAUCAACAGUCCAAAGCACCUGAGCCAGAGUAUUGCAUUUGCCCGUAG